CAAAAAAAAUUGCUGCACAAACGAUUGGGACACAGUUGGAGACACUUUGACAAGGUGUGGGGGGUGAGGCUGGUUAUAAAACCUAAAAAAUGAAUAGCAUAAAACCAUGAUAGAUUAAAAAAAACAUUUGCAGCACAAACGCAAAAACAAAUGAAACACGUUUGGGGUGUGUGUGGAUGACAUCCCUAGUCAGAACAUUUUAGAAUAACUUAAAAACCGUAACAGCACAAACAAAAAUAUGUAAAGCACAAACCAGCACAAGUGAUGAGGACACGUUUGGGGAGCUUUUGACAAGGUGUGGGGGAAGGGCAACUUCACACAGAUUUGGUCCACAUGACAAGGAAUGUCUGAGGUGAGGUGAUGACCUUCGUCUUCGCAGUUUUUUCAUUUCAACGAUGAAUGUGCGGUGAAAUAUUAUCAAACCUGCGUUAUUAAAAGUGACAGAAAGGCUACAAAAGGGAAAGUCGAUGGAAGACAAUGGAGGACAUGAAAAGGCCGAAGAAGUGAAAGGUUUUCUGACGUGUUAUUUAUAGUCUCUUAGUGGCGGACAGGAAGAGGCGGACAAAGAGAAGCAGGAAAGGCUGAACUGGGAGUCGCGCACUCAGACUGUGGUGCUGCUGUUCGCUGGACGCUUCGAGCAGAGCGACUAGACGAUUAUGGUGGACGCCACAAAGAGACAAAAUGCCGAGGUGUCAAAAGUGGACUCAUUUGUGCUGGCGGGUCUUCACGUUGAUGCAGGUGCUGCAGGGUCUGACCCGCUCGGCUCCCGCAGACAAACCAUCAAGUCAGUGUAGCGUCUCCGUCUCCAAGGUGGCGUCCAACUGGGAUUGGGUGCAGCUAACGCUCAGCACACCUGGACGCGGCUGCUCCUUUGCGGUGACGUCGCUGGACGGCCGCGGCGAUGGCACAGAGUGCAUGGAGGGACCGCCGGACGUCAUCGCUGGGCUAACAGGAAAUGGUGGACAGGUGGAUGACGAGGGAGGAGUCUUCACCUGCGGGUUGCAUUAUUUGGAACCAGGGAGCGCGUUCAUGCUGCAGGUUCGGUCCGGUAGCGGCGAGGACGCGGCCAACAUCACCGUGCACACCAAUCCUUCGGCGCCAGCGGGUUUGUGUGUGACCUCCAGGUCCUGUGACAGCCUGGGAUUCUCCUGGCAGGCGGGCCCGGGCAGGACACAGCGUUUCAGGCUGCUGUGGAGGGAACAUGCCGACCGCCUAGAGGAUUCCGCCCGUCUGCUGUUGGAGAGCACGGCCACGCGACACACGCUCGUCGGCCUGAUUCCGGGGAGACGCUACAACGUUACCAUGGCGACGGAGGCAGGCGGGCUGCAGAACGGCACGACCAUCGAGGCCCAGACAGUCCCGUCUGCCGUGGGCAACCUCUCAGCUGACAGCAACAGCACCUCAUUAUGGUUGUCAUGGAAACGGCCCGAAGGCGACGUGGACGCUCUGGUUGUCUCCCUGCGGUCCAACAACACGAGCGCGCAUAAGACGAGUCUUCCUCCUGACGCUACGGGGGCCGUCAUUGAUCAGCUGACCCCUGGCUCGGCCUGUCGGGUUACGGUGACCUCUCGUAGCGGCGAGCUGCUCAACCAAUCAGAGAUCAGCGCUCAAACAGCCCCGGCGCCGGCAUCUCUCCUCGCCCUGAGCCCCUCCUCCAUCGGGGGUCUCUUGCUGUCCUGGUCGCCCCCUGCUGGUCACUGGGACAGCUACAGGCUCUUCUUAUACAAUGGCUCCCAGCAAUUAGUUAGCACCGCUGUGAACAAGGAAGCUGUCAACUUCACCUUUGUCGGGGCGGGGCUACUUUCUGGAAGGACUUACAGAGCAACGCUGAGGGUCGAGAGCGGCGGCAUGGCAGCCGAGAGCAGCUGCGACGGCGCGACAGCUCCGGCGCCGGCGUGCAACCUCCACAUCCGACACGCAGACGAAACCUCCCUCAGCGCCAUGUGGAACCACGCCCCCUCUGGGUCACGUGACAGCUACUUGCUGACUCUUCGCCACGGUGACAUCGCCAUAGAUACCAGGGAGGUGGAGCCUAACAUGAGAGAGUGCACUUUCAACGUCCUCACCCCUGGGAGGCGCUACACCAUCACUGUGACGACCAGGAGCGCGAUGCUCAGCACGUCAGUGUCUGUGGAGGGGCGAACAGUUCCCAUGGCGUUGAGCGUCAUCACGCUACGCAGCGUCGGCGUGGACAGCCUGCUGGCGUCAUGGGAAAAACCGCGUGGAGACUUGGACUACUACACAGUCGUGCUUCUCAAGGAUGGCGUAGUGGUUCACAACCACAGUCUUCCCUCUAGCUCCGCCUCCUUCCUGAUGGCGGGUUUAACGCCAGGCGCCCUUUACAGGCUGCAGGCCGUCACUGUCAGUGGGGGUGUGGAGUCCAAAGCCACAAGCUUGGAGGCAAGAACGGCCCCAGCAUCUGUUGCCGAGGUAACUGUGGUCAACGCGGGCAGGCCGGACACCCUGCAUGUGUCCUGGAGCCCCGCGGUGGGCGCUGUCGACAGUUACCUGGUCCGGCUUCAGGACGGCAGUCGGAACGUCCACACGCUCGCCGUGUCGCGCUCCUCGCUGCCCGAGUGCUCCUUCAGCUCGCUGGUGGCCGGGCGACUAUACACGGUCGUCAUAGUGACAAGGAGCGGCAGCCUGGAGAACGCCACCCAAGUUCAAGCACGCACACAACCUGCCACCGUGCAGAAUCCUACCGCCGUACACUCGGCAAGAGAGGACUUUCUCAAGGUGUACUGGCGACACGCAGCCGGAGACUUGGACAACUACGUGGUUCUCAUCUCCUACAACCACAGUGUUCUGCAGAACCAGAGUGUGGCGUCCAGCCGCAGUGAGUGCGUCUUCUGGUCUCUGACGCCAGGCAGGCUUUACACCGUAACCGUGGAAACAUGGAGCGGCGCUCACGUCAGCAGUGUGUCUACAGAUGGGCGCACACUUCCAGCUGCUGUGGCCAAUCUGUCGCUAAGCAACGUAGGAUCAUGUGACCUCACCGUCACCUGGAGCCCCGCCCCAGGAGAUGUGGACCACUAUGAGGUCACGUUACUCUUCAACGACACGCGUGUUUUCCCUGCGGCCACGUUGGCCAGCCAUGUUCGAGAUCACCGCCUGUCCUCUUUGACCCCGGGGCGGCGCUACAAGAUUGUGGUGUCGUCAUUCAGCGGACCGAACCAGAGAGCCCAGUUCAUGGAGGCUCGGACAGUUCCCGCAGCCGUGACAAAUCUGCACUUGGCGCCACGCCGAAACCCAAAGGACUCUGGCGGGGGGUUGGUGGUCACGUGGACGCCGGCAAACGGAGACAUGGACAUGUACGUCGCCUCGCUUUCUGCUUCUGAUGGACCUGUGAUGGAAACCCGGCUGGUGCCCAAACACGUGGCCUCUUUGGACUUUCUGGAUCUGAUCCCUGGCCAGGCCUACAAUUUUACUAUCCAAUCACGAAGCGGGAAGCUGACCAAUAGCAACACAGCGUCUGGUCGCACAGCCCCGGCCAGAAUCAGCGCUCUGCAGGCCGACAACGGCCACACGACCCACAGCCUCACCGUCACGUGGGAGGGGCCGGUGGGCGUGUACGACGGCUUUGCGCUGCUGGUGAGCGAUGACGCCAGCAUCGUACAGGUCAAUCGAACGCUCCCGGCUGAGAGCCGCAGCGAGCGCCUGGCGGGUCUGACGGCAGGGAAGUGGUACCGCGUCAGACUGGCGACGCUGAGCGGCAGUGUGGAGUCAUUGGAAGUCACAGCGGAGGGUCAAACACGGCCCGCCGCCGUCACCAACCUGACCGCCGCCGCCAACACGUCCUCGCUGGCUUUCUCCUGGUGCCCCUCCAUUGGUCAUGUGGACAUCUAUGAUCUGUCUCUCUUUGCCGUGGAUGAACAGGCAUCCGAUCACAAACAGCAAGCUAAAGAGAGUGCGAAGGAGCAUUAUCAGCUGGCAGGUAAGCUGGUAGGUGUAGACAAGGUCCAUCCAGGCGUAGACGAGCGCGUGUUCACAGGCCUCGAAGCAGGACGACUUCACCGCCUGCAGGUGAUCAGCUGGAGUCGGGACAUGAGCAGCGAGUCGUCCGUGCUCACCAGGACGGUUCCGUCCCCUGUAGAGCGGCUGCAGCUGGAAAGUUUCGGACAGACGGACAAACUGACGGCGAGCUGGCAGCACGGGGUGGGUGGGCGGAGCAGCUACCAGGUGAUCGUGUACAACCACUACGGAGCUACCUUGGGAGCUCAGCUGCUGGGGGCGGAGCAUAGGAGUCACAUGUUUACAGGGCUGACCCCUGGUAGGCUGUACCGCGUUGAGGUCAUCACUCAUAGUGGCGAGCUGAGCAACGUGGCCUCAACGUUUGGACGCACAACUCCAGAACCGCCCGUUCACCUGUCCGUCAAACAAGGCCCAUCCAAUGGCACGCUGGAGCUGUCGUGGGCUGGCCCCGCCUCUGGAGACUACAACAACUUUACUGUGGCGUGGACCCCCCCCGACCGCUUGUCAAUCACCGGAAACCAGCUGACCAGCUGCCUCAUAGGCGGGAUGUUUCCGGGCCGACAGUACAACUUCACAGUAGCAACGGUCAGCGGGGGCGAGGCGAUGGGCGGUCACAGCGUCAGGAGCCAACCAAUUCAAAGAGGCGUUACAACGAGUCCGGCCCCCCUCAGGUCCGUCCACUGUGUCCCCGCGUCGUCGUCAUCUGUGUCGUGCUCCUGGUCUCCUCCUCUCUCCGACUUUGACUCGUACAAGGUGGAGUGUCGUCGCCAUGACGACAAGCAGCUGAUGGCGACGCUGUGGCUGUCGGGCGGAGUCACCACGGUCACGCUGGACCACCUGGACCCCUUCCGGAGGUACUCCAUGACGGUACGGGUGUCGUCCUCGGGGAAGACAAGUCUGCCGGUGACGCAGACGGCCGUCACGAUGAUCGACCGUCCACCGGCCCCGCCCCCCAGCCUGACCGUGAGCGAGAUGACGGCGAAGGUGACGACGUCCUCCAUCUUGUUUCGCUUCAACUGUUCCUGGUUUAGCGAUGUCAAUGGCGCCGUGCGUUAUUUCGCCGUCAUCGCGGCCGAGUCUGACGCUGGUGAUGCCUUGCUGCCGGAGCAGCGCCACCCUCUGCCCUCCUACCGCCACUACAUCAACAACGCUUCUGUCCGGGCCUACCAGACCGCCUAUUUCCUCAACCGAUGUCCGCAAGAUGCCGACGCCUCAGGCGGCCAGGUAGUGGAGGUCAACCUGGGGGCAGGAGGAGACCGCCUGGGCGGGACCUGCGAUCGUUACCAUGACGACUCCUUCUUGAGUGACAGCUACGGGCACUUCUGUGACGGACCACUGAAAGCCAGAACUUCUUACCGGCUGAGCGUGCGGGCGUACACUCGACUGUUUGAUGAAACCGACAAAGAGUUCCCUCAGCCGCUCUUUAGCGACACCUAUCUGUCGACACCCCUCAGGACACAAGCAGAGCCACUAGGAGGCGUGGUGGAGGGUCUGAGUGCCAGCGUGUUCCUACUUGGCGUGACGGUGGCCGUGGUCUCGCUGCUCCUUUACAGACACAGACUUCAUAAAGUGGCGGUGCAGGAAAGCCCUGUGAUGAGGAUGAGUAUGUGGAAGGAGGUGCCUCAUGCAGGGAUGUACGUCGCAGUCAGGAGCACUCGUCGGGUCGCCAGUCCCGUCAAGGCGUGUCACUUCGAGUCUCACGUGGUCAAACUCUGCGCCGACGCCAGCUUCCUGCUGUCCGAGGAGUUUGAGGACUUGAAGGAUGUGGGUCGGAACCAGACCGUGGACGUGUCGCGUCUGCCCGAGAACCGCGCAAAGAACCGCUACAACAACAUCCUGCCAUACGAUUCCACCCGAGUGAAGCUGUCGUGUCUCGACGACGACCCGUGUUCCGACUACAUCAACGCCAGCUACGUUCCCGGUCACAACUUUCGUCGUGAGUACAUCGCCACGCAGGGCCCGCUGCCCGGAACCAAGGACGACUUCUGGAGGAUGGUGUGGGAACAUGGCGUCCACGCUGUCGUCAUGGUGACGCAGUGCGUGGAAAAGGGGCGGGUCAAGUGUGAGCAGUACUGGCCCGCCCACAAGGAGGCGCUUUACUACGGCGAGCUGGUGGUCCAGAUGACGUCUGAGUCAAUUCUUCCCGAGUGGACCGUCCGCGAGUUCAGGAUCACCUCGGAGAGGAGCGGCGGUGUCCCUCGGCUGCUGCGUCACUUCCACUUCACCGUGUGGCCAGACCACGGCGUCCCAGACAGCACGCACUCCCUGGUCCAGUUCGUCAGGACCGUCCGGGACUUCGUGGACCGCUCGGCUGAGGCGGGACCGAGCGUCGUCCACUGCAGUGCCGGCAUAGGACGCACCGGGACCUUCAUCGCGUUAGACCGCGUCCUGCAGCAGCUGGACACCAAAGGAUGCGUGGACAUGUACGGUUGCGUGUUCGACCUACGCCUCCACCGCCAGCACAUGGUCCAGACCGAGAGUCAGUACGCCUUCCUGCAUCAGUGCGUCCGCGACGUCCUCAGAGCCCGCAAGCAUCGCAGCCAACAGGAGAGUCCGCUCUACGAGAACUUCAACCCGGACUUGUGCCGCGAACUGGUCCACACGGGGGCGCUAAGCAUGCACAAGCUAGCGAGAUGAAGAGCGGACGUAGAGUUAGAAAGGCAAGAGUAUGGCGUCAAAACAGUGCCAAAAUCCUCACGCAUCGAAACCACUCUGAACUGUCUAUGCACACGGGCUCAGUUUAAGCUCACACCGACUCCGUUUGCCCUUGCGCGGCCUCUCAGUGCGCGCGCUUGCCGUCUUUUUUACUCGCGCGUAGAGAAAGAGGGAGACAUAUAGGCACAAAAUGAGUCCACACACGUACAAAGAGAGGCCACAUGCAGGCUGAGUGUGGUUUUUACAACGGAAAUUUUGGCACUGACAUAAAAAGACAUUAUUUUUAUAUAUUUCACACUAUUUAAUAACGUUACUUUAUGUAAAUAUAUACAGUGCAUCCGGAAAGUAUUCACAGCACUUCA